AUGGUAGCUGACUCCCCAUUUGGCUGCCUCUCUCGGCGGAGAGUCCAGCUCAUUCUCUCCAUCUCCUUCUUUCUUUUGCUCCUCUCCUACCCAUUCCGCUCAUCUAUCGUACCCUCGGUGGUGCCAGCUACCUCGCCUCCAAUCGCCCGUGAACUGCCUGCUCGCACUCUGUUAUCGCGUCCACUAUCCCGUGAUGGCACCACGAUUCCUAAGAUCAUCCAUCAGACAUGGUUUCCAGCGGGCAGCAACAUGAGUGAGCGUGCUCAAGAAUGGGUACACGGCAUGCGGACCCAGAACUCGGACUGGGAAUAUGUGCUUUGGGAUGACGAAACCAAUCGGAUGCUGGUUGAACAGUAUUUCCCUUGGUUCCUGCAGACCUAUGAUAGCCUUCCGAAAGAAAUUCUCCGGGCGGAUGUUGUUCGUAAUUUUUAUAUGUAUUUGUUUGGCGGGAUGUACGCCGACGUGGAUACUGAAGCCUUGCGCCCCGUUGCACCGCUGUUUGCCGGGCAUGAAACCGCUCUUGCCGCACAUCAAGAUAUCCUCUCGUCUGCCCAGCCAUUUCAAAAAGCUACCAUGCAGCGUGCAUUCCUAGGCCGCAUGGCUCGCACGGUAGACAUUCUGAGCUCCGCUGCGGUGCCCAACGGCUGGAUGGCAUCGCCCCCAGGCCACCCGUUUUGGCUUCUUCCGGUUCUCAACGUGAUCGAACACCCGGAGGGAACGGGUGAUGGAUCUGUUGAGGGUCUGACCGGACCUGGGGCACUGAGCUUGAUGAUCAAGAAAUACUGGGACAACUUCAAAAAUAAUUCAUUACGAGAGCAUGCAUGCAAGACUAUUCAACGGCGGGAGCCAUCCUGGCAGUUGUUUUGCGAUGAGAGUGAGCUUGCCAUGGGCGCGCACAUCCAAGACGCGCUGGUGCUCCUGCCGGAGAAGCAGGUCUACCCCUUCAGCUGGGUGGAUGAUGCGAACAAUGCCUCCGUUUGCCAGGCGGCGUGGGAGAACCCGACCUUCGAUCCGGAGGAGUGCAAACGAUUGAUGGAGGUGGAAGCUUGGCCGAGUUACUUCAUUACGUAUUGUACCCAUUCUUGGUGA